CCUCGGCACCUCUGGCCUCUGGAUCUGAGCAGGUGAAAACCUGGGUUAGGUGACCCACAACCAAUGGCAUGGGUAAUACGAAAUGGUAGAAGACAAGAAAUAUUGAAGCUCUUUACAAAACAAAAAAAGGAGUGAAAAUCGCUAUAUGCAUUUGUUUCUAAAGAGUUCAUAGUAGUCUAUUCCUUGAAUGGAAUCGAACAUUGAUCAUGAACUAAAUAAAACCACACAGCAUCCAUAUAUGACGUAAUAUUAUUGGCCAAAAGAGUUACGUCUGGGUUGUUUACUUUCGUUGGUCAAUUGCGUUUUCCACUGGCAUUUUCAUGGAAAACUUGUUUCUGGAGGACCAAAAGCCAAGCCAUUUGCUGGCCGUUGGAAAGUGAGUGCGAGUUUGAAUCCGAUCAGUAGCAUUUGUGGCUUCCAAGUGGCCACACAUCAUGGAAACUACAGAGUUGGAAACUAUGGAUCAGCAGUCAGACAUCUAUCAAGAUUCAGUGGUUUUUAUAACAGGAGCCACUGGUUUUGUGGGGAAGACGCUGCUGGAGAAACUGCUUUGGAGUUUUCCUCAAAUCAAGCGUAUAUAUAUGCUGAUCCGCCCCAAGGGAGGAGUUUCCGUGGAAGAGCGUUUCCGGGUUUUCCUCCAGAAUCCCAUAUUCGAGCGGCUAAGAAAUAAUCAUCCGGAAAGACUAAAGAAAAUCUUUCACUUUUCUGGCAAUAUUGAAGACGACAACUUUGGUUUAAAUGAGUCGGACAGGAAAGUGUUGUGUGGCGAGGUAAACAUUAUUUUCCACAGUGCCGCGACCGUGCGCUUUAAUGAGUGUCUUAAGGUGGCUGCCCGCGUCAACUCCCAGGCCACCUACAAUCUUCUAGAGCUCUGCAGGGAGAUGACUCACUUGCGUAGCUUUUUGUAUGUUUCGACGGCCUACUGCAAUCCAGGUCGCAAGUAUGUGGAUGAGGUGGUGUACCCCACCAUGCCGCCAGUGGAUUGGCGUCAGUUUCUGGCCGCUACCCAAAAAAUACCGGAUGAUUAUCUAAACCGUCUAGCGGACUAUAUAAAGGGCCCUCAUGUCAAUACCUAUACCUUUACCAAGUCAAUCGCCGAACAAAUCGUGAAUUCUUACAAGAAUGUAAUUCCGAUUGUGAUCGUGCGACCUUCUAUUGUUACGGCAGCCUAUCGGGAACCUUAUCCAGGCUGGAUUGAUAAUAUCCAGGCCAUCAGUGGAAUAAUGAUGGAGAUUGGCAAGGGAGGAAUCAGUAGUAUUCUGGGUGAUAAAGACCUUAUAUGCGACAUUAUUCCUGUGGAUUUUGUGGUGAAUGCCAUGAUUAUGAUGGUCGGCAAAGCAAAGUUAGGAAGAUUAAGCAUCUGUAAUGCCACCUCGGGUGUGACCAAUCCCAUCACCUGGCAGCAUUUGGGAGAACUCACCAUGAAGUGGUCUCGAAUUUAUCCCACACGGCGUAUGAUUAUGUUUCCGAAUUUCAAAUAUCGAUGCAGUGCCUUUAAGCAUGAAUUGGCCGUUUGGGCAUUACACUUUGUUCCUGCCCUUUUAAUGGAUCUACGGACCCUUGUGUUGGCUCAAAAGAAGCGACUUGUAACUCCCAUAGCCAAGAAAUUCCGACAAGCCUGUUUGGCAGGAAGCUUUUUCUCUUUAAACGAAUGGAUCUUCAAAAACAAGAGUCGCUAUUAUUUUAAGGAAGUAAUUCAAAAUGGCUCGUAUCCUAUGCUCUAUUGGAAUCUGGACGAGUUGGACUAUGAUGAUUAUGUGCGACGGCAUAUGAUUGGCAUUAACAAAUACCUUCAUCGCGAAAAGUUCACCUUUCAAUCAAAUAAAUUCAUGGUGACCAAAGUCUACUGGUUCUGGAUAUUCCUGCAUCUGUUAUUUUAUCUUCUUCUAGUCUAUUUCAUAUUUUAGUCAAAUAUUUGUUUUUAAGAACUCAGUUUCUGUCGAAAGUAAGACAUAAGAAGGUGGAUGCACUUUUUAAAAUAUUUUUAAUGUGUAGAAUAACUGCAAGCUAUUAGAAUAACAAUUCACUUAACCUAAUCACAGAAGAAAGU